AUGUAGAGAGAAAGGAAUAAUAAUUAUUGUUUUAAUUCUGUAGCAUAACCUUACACUCGAUAUAUAAAUAAAAAAUUAUGGGAGUAAGCUCUUUAAUCAAAAGGUAAUCAAGUUCAAGAAUUGGAUUAAUUUUUUAAGAAGUAUCAUCGAGGACCCUAAGAAUUAAAAAUGGCAAUAAAUAAUGUAAGAGUCAAAUGUUUUCCAAAUCUAUUAUAAUGUUGUCUUGAAACUUUAGUAUUGUUAUCAAAACAACACCAAAAAUAUUAUAAUCAUUAUAUUGAACAAAUUUUAGAGUCAUCUGCUUUUGAAAUAUUGUUUUUAUAAGAGCUUGAUAUUAUGAGUAGGAAUCUCAACUUAACUUAUAAUGAUAUAGCAAAGUACCAGUUUUUUAUUAACUACUUUUUAAAUUUUGUCCAAAACUCUUUAGAAUCGUAAUUUAUAUAACUACCUAAAUAUAUAAAACAUUUAAAAUAAACAAUUAACAUCUUAAAUUAAAUCAAUUCGAAUUUCAUUCAAGAGUUCAACAAAAUGAAUUAGUUGUAAAAUCUAAUAGAUAUUUUUAAUAAUAAUAGUUAAACUAAUUAAUAACCAUAAAUAUAUAAAGAUAUCAAUUUAGUUAAUAGUUAACAAAACAAUUCUGAAAAUUAGUAUAAACCUAGAAAUUUUUAAGUUGAAUAUCGAUCAGAUAUACGCUAAAAUAUUCAAAAUCUAACUCAAAAUCAAAGUAUUUUAAUUAAUAAUCCUUAAAUAUAAUAAGAAGAAUUUGUUUAAACACAACCUAUAACUAAUAAUUCAUUACUAAUUCAAUAAUAAACUAAAAAUGUUUUCAUAGAGAAUAAUUUAAAAAAUUAAUAAUAAUAGAGCUAUUUCCAAUAACAAUAGUCAGGAAAUCUAAAUGAAGAGAAUUUUUCAGAAUUUGAAACUUUGUAGUUUAAUUUGUUCCCUUAAUUUGAGUAGAAUUAAUAGGCAUCAGAAUAAUCAAAUUAAUACUUAAAAAUUUAGCAGAAUCUAAAUGUACCUUAAUAAUUAAAUGAAUACCAAUAAAUUUAAUAUAAUCGAAUUCUACCUUAAUAAUCAAAUGAAUACCAAUAAAAUUAAUAUAAUCGAAUUCUACCUUAAAAAUAAAAUGAAUACUAAUAAAUUUAAUAAAAUCAAAUUGUACCUUAAUAAUUAAAUGAUACGAAUAAAAUUAAUAUAAUCGAAUUCUACCUUAAUAAUCAAAUGAAUACCAAUAAAUUUAAUAUAAUCGAAUUCUACCUUAAUAAUCAAAUGAAUACUAAUAAAUUUAAUAUAAUCAAAUUUUACCUUAAUAAUCAAAUGAAUACUCAUAAAUUCAGGAAAAUCAACUUCAAUACCAAAAUUCAUGUUUUAAUAUUAUAAAAGGUUUAUCUCAUAAUAAGAAUUCCCCUUAAUAACAUAUGAAAUAAUUUUAGAAGUACCCAUAAAAAAUUUAGGAAAAAUAGUUUCAAAUUUCACAAUAAUUAAGUGGAGUAUCAAGAUCAAGAAAAAAUAAUCAAAGAACAACAUAUUAAUAGAGAUAGUAAGUUCAGUAAAAAUUUAUAGAGCCUACUUAUUUAUCAGCAAAUGCAUCCAAUUCUAUUUAACUAUAAAGUUCAUAUGUAUAAAAUUUCAAUUAAUAUUAAAUUUAAAAUGAAAUUACUCAAACAAUAUUUAAUAAUUCAUAAUAGGAGUAUAAUCAAGAACUUAAUAGAAGUACUCAUUAAAAAUAUUAAAAUAUACCAAAUUAAAAAAAUUAUAAUAUAUAUAGAGAAUAUUCAAAACAGAUGAAGAGUUUUCUCUAAUUAAAAAAACUUCGUGAAUUAAACUCAAGACAUAAUAAGCUAAUGGAUUAAAGUGAAGAUACUUAUUAAUCUUGUCCCUUAGAACCUCAGGUUUAAGAAUUUGAUUAUGUUUCUGAUAAAAAUUUUGUAUAUAAAGGAUGCAUUUUUGAGAUUCCCUUGGGAUAACCAUAUAAAAGUACUGAAUUGUUUUUCAAUAACCACUUUUUUAUUCUUAGAGAAGAUUAUUUAAAGAAUUUUAGAUUAAUAGUUGCCAAAUUAAAAUCAACUGGUUUUUAUGAAAUUGGAGAUGAAGUAUUAUAAGGUGCAUUUUUAUAUUUUGAUGUUCUUAUAGAAAAUGUCCAAGUGACAAAUCGAGGACUCUCAUUUAUUGUUACUAUGAAUGGAUAUGAUCCAAAGAAUGAUUAAAUAAAUUGGGAAAAAAUCAUCUAGACUUAUGCCGGGUUCUUUACUGUUAUUAGUAAUUGUAUUAUUAAAUUAAGUCAACUACAAAUCUUGAGUUUAUGUUAUUUGGAACAGUUGUAAAAAAAUAUAAAUGUACAUAAAAUGGUAGAGUUUGUAUUGCAAUUACUUUGAUAGGUUUUCUUUAAUAGAAUAAUUAAGAUAAGUUAAGAAUUUAAUAAGUUAAGGUAAAUAUUAAUUGAAUAUAAAAAGUAUAAUAAUUGAUAACAAUAGAGAAUAAAAUAUAUUUUGAGUCAUAUAUUCAUUUUUUAAGAAGCUUAAAAAUGAUGAAGCCACAUAAAUUGCCUUUUGCUGAUUAAAUAGUUUUUGGUUCAAAGAUAAUGCCUAAGUCAGGAUAUUUAAAUUAUCAACAAAUUAAAAAUUAAGAUAUUUCUUAAGAUAUUGAUGUUAAUUUUUACUUGAAUUAAGUCGAUACGAUGAGUUUAGAUGUUUCUUAAUUGAAAGCAAUAUAGACAAUAUUAAAAAAUGGUAUUUCAUUGAUUUAGGGACCUCCAGGUACUGGUAAAACAUAUUGUGGAGCAUUGGGUGUGAAAAUAUUGUUAUAGAAUCAAUUAACAAAUAAUAGUAGUUAUUCAAAAUUUUAUUAUCCUUAUCGUUUUAUGGUUCAAAAUAAACCAAUUUUAAUAGUGUGUUAAACAAAUCAUGCAUUAUUUUAAUUUUUAAAACAUAUACUUACUUUUUGUCAAAUGGAAGACAUUGUAAGAAUAGGAGGUCGAUGUAAAGUGGAAGAAUUUAAACCAAUGCUUUUAUCAUCUUAUUAUAAUUAAUUUCGUAUUGAUUGGAAAGAAGAAGGGUGUAAUUGGAAAGAAUUCUUAGAACAAAAAUUGGAUUUGGAUGAAUAGUUGAGUUAAUUAUUAAAUUUCAUUAAUUAAAUAAACCCUACAGAUUUUUAACAAUAUGAACCUGAUUUAUUUGAGAAAAUAAUAUGUCAAUAUUUAGAAAUUGAGGAUCUUAAUUUUUAAAAUCCUAUAUCAAUUUAUUCUAAAAAAAUAAUAAUGAAUAUGUGGUUAGAUAAUGUGAAACCUCAAAAAGAAUAAGUACAAACAAUCAUUAAUAUUGAGAAUUAGUUAAGUAAUUGCUUAAUUAAAAAAUAAACUAAUAAAAAGACUUUUAAAUCAAUCAUGGUUUACAAAUUUAGUGAUUUAGAUGGACAAUUUAAUUUAAGUGAUGAAGUUCUAAAAGAAAUAGAAUAAGAAGAUGAAGAUGAUUUUUCAAAUGAAAAUCUUGAUUCAGAUGAAGAAGAAAAUAGGAAGAUUUUAAUUAAUUAAGAUAAUGAUGAAAAAGAUGAAUUUAUAAAAUAACCUAUUAAUGAUAUGAUAACAAUAAAGAGACUUUUAAAUCGAUUAAACAAAGAUGAUAAAGCAAACUUUUAUGAUAUUAUGAAUGAAAUUAAUGAAGAAAAUGAUUAUUAAAUUUGGGAAAUGCCAUAAGGUAAAAGAAAUGUUAUUUCAAACUUCAUUUUUAGUCAAAAAUUGGAUAAUUCAUUGGAUUCCUUGGAAUGGGAUGUAAAAAGUUAUGAAUCUUUAAUAAAUGAAAUAAAACAGGUUUAAAUAAUUAGAGAUAUUCAUAUUAUUUAAAAUAUGAAAAUCGUUGGAGUAACUUUGACUGGAUUUGCUAAAUAUGCAGAAAUAUUUAAAAGAAUAGAUUUUAAUACUUUGGUAGUUGAAGAAGCAGGUGAAGUUUUGGAAUCAAAUUUAAUAGCUGUUUUAUCUAAACAAAUAAACCAUUAAAUUUUAAUAGGUGAUCAUUAAUAAUUAAACCAUAUAUGGAAUGUUAUGAUUUGGAAGUCAAAUUUAGAGCUAUUGAAAGAUUGAUAAAAAAUGGAUUAGAAUAUGCUACUUUAAAAUAUUAGAGAAGAAUGAAAUCAAAGUUUGCUGACUUUAUUCGUUUAAUUUACUCAGAUUACUAAGAUCAUACUUCAAUAUAAGAAUAAAAUAAAAUUGAGAUCGAAGGAAUAAAAACUGAUUUAGUCUUUUUUAAUCAUAGACAUAAAGAAGAUGAAAAACUAUUGUCAAGUUCUAAAUCAAAUAAAUUUGAAGCUAAGAUGAUUUUAAGAAUGGUAGAAUAUUUAUUAAAAAAUGGAUAUAAAGGAGAAUAAAUAACAGUGUUAACUACUUAUUUAAAAUAGGCAUAAUAUAUAAAAAAAUAAUGUAAACAAGAUGUAAGAGUAUAGUCAAUAGAUAAUUAUUAAGGAGAAGAAAAUGAUAUAAUAUUAUUAUCUUUAGUUAGAUCGAACACUAAUUAUAAAUUAGGUUUUGUUGCAAUAGAUAAUCGAGUAUGUGUAGCAUUUUCUAGAGCAAGAUUAGGAUUGUAUAUAUUUGGUAAUUUUGGUUUUAUUGAAGAGUGUAUAAAAGAUCAUUUGAUAAAGUAACUUCAAUAAAGAAAUCCUGAUAUUUCAGAUUUAUGGUUAAGAAUAAUAGAUUUAGCAAGAUAGAAAGGAGUAAUUUAGAAUUAUAUUGAGUUGAAAUGUUCUUCACAUAAUAUUGAUACUAAAAUCUAUGAAGAAAAAGAUUGGGAUUAAGUUAAAGGAGGUGGUUGUACUUAAAUAUGUAAUGCUAUAUUUCCUUGUGGUCAUAUUUGUUAGUAAAAUUGCCAUAAAUCUAACCAUAAUCAAUAAGAUUGUUCUUAUAAAUGUGAUAAAAUAUUAGAAUGUGGUCAUGAAUGUCUUGAAAAAUGUGGAUAAAUUCCUUGCCCUCCUUGUAAAACAACAGUAGAAAUAUAUAUUGAAAAAUGUGAACAUUUAACAAAAAUAUAAUGUUAUGAAUAAUAAAAAGAGAUUUAAUGUAAAGAACCAUGUAAGAGAAUAUUAAAGUGUGGUCAUUAAUGCUUUCUUAAAUGUAUGGAUGAUUGUAAAAUAUAUAAAUGUUUAGAAUAAAUAACAUAUGAAUUAACCAUCUGUAAACAUGAAAUAUCUAUUCAAUGUGAUGAUCAAAAUUAUAUUCAUAAAUUAAUAUGUACUUAAAACUGUUAAUCAUAAUUAAUUUGUGGACAUGAUUGUAGUGGAACUUGUGGAUUAUGCUUUGAAAAAUUCCAUUAACCAUGUUAAAAGAUAUGUGAUAAGAUUUUAUUAUGUGGUCAUAAAUGCUAAUUAUAAUGUUAUAGCGAAUGUUCUAAAUGUGAAGAUUAAUGUCAAAUAGAAUGUAAUUGUAAAAUAAAAUGUACUAAUAAAUGUUAUGAAAAAUGUAUAUCAUGUGAACAAAAUUGUCAAUUAAGUUGUUAGCAUACCUAAUGUACGAAAAAAUGCUAUGAAAUAUGCGAUAGAAAACCAUGUAAUCAAAAAUGUGAUAAAAAACUAAAAUGUGGUUGUGAUUGCAUGGGCUUUUGUGGAGAAAUUUGUCCGACUAUUUGUUAAGUUGAUCAACAUGAUAAUUAAAAAGCAGAUAAAGAUACUAUUUAUUAUUAAUUAGAAUGUUCAUGUGAAUUGAUUAUAUAUGCAGAAUUCUUAGAUUAAUAUUUUGAAAAUGAAAAAUCAAAUUUUAUUCAUUGUCCUAAAUGCAAAUAAAUUAUUUGGAGAAGCAGUAGAUAUUAAAAAUAAGUUAAAAACUCAUUAAUUUAGUUUAAUCUUGAAAAACAAAAUAAAUAAAAAAAAUAUUAAGUUUCAUUUGAAAAAGUCAAUAAAGCUAUUUAACUUGCCGAAUUAAGACUCAAAUAUUUAUAAUAAAACAAUUUAAAAGACAAAGAUAGCUUUUUGGAUAAUAUAAUACAAGAAUUAAAAAAAGAUAAUUAAUUGAUUAUUAAAAGAAAAACUCCUAAAAUGCCAUAUCUAUAUUUCAAAUGUAUCAACAAACAAUUAAAAUAAUAUGAAAAAUCUUUAAAAUUAGUGGAUUGUUUAUAUGAUAAACAACUUUUCUAAAUUCAUAAAAAUAAUUUGAUUAAGGAAUAUUUAAUGAGUGAAUAAUAUAGAAAUUAUUAUUCAAAAAGUUUUUGGUGGAAAGUCACAUAAAAACUAGAGAUCCUUCUUUUAUAUUAGAAAAUCAUUGUUUAAUAUUAAAUUACACAAAAAUAAUUAUUUCAAAACAUUUCUUGGGAAAUUGAAGAUUCAAAUUUCUUUUUGGAUGAUUCAAAAAAAUAAUUAUUUGAGAAUUUAGUAAAUCCUAAUCCCAUUUAAAAUUGA